GGCGAGGGAAUCUGCGGAGGAGUAGACUUGGUGGCGUCCUGUGCUCGCUGAGAUUGCACCUCGAGAACUAUGGCGGAAGGAGAUAAUCGCAGCACCAAUCUGCUGGCUGCAGAGACUGCAAGUCUGGAAGAGCAGCUGCAAGGCUGGGGAGAAGUGAUGCUGAUGGCAGAUAAAGUCCUCCAAUGGGAAAGAGCCUGGUUUCCACCUGCCAUCAUGGGUGUGGUUUCUUUGGUGUUUCUGACUAUCUACUAUCUAGAUCCAUCUGUUCUAUCUGGUGUUUCCUGUUUUGUUAUGUUUUUGUGCUUGGCUGACUACCUUGUUCCCAUUCUAGCACCUAGAAUUUUUGGCUCCAAUAAAUGGACCACUGAGCAACAGCAAAGAUUCCAUGAAAUUUGCAGCAAUCUAGUAAAAACGCGACGCAGAGCUGUGGGCUGGUGGAAACGCCUCUUUACACUAAAGGAAGAAAAGCCGAAAAUGUACUUCAUGACCAUGAUCGUUUCUCUGGCUGCGGUUGCUUGGGUCGGACAGCAGGUCCAUAACCUCCUCCUCACCUACCUGAUAGUGACUUUCUUACUUUUGCUUCCUGGACUGAACCAACAUGGAAUCAUUUCGAAAUACAUUGGAAUGGCCAAAAGAGAGAUAAACAAGCUUCUGAAACAAAAAGAAAAGAAAAAUGAAUAAAGCAUUUGCUUUAUUCAGUGUGAUUAAUGGAGUAUACAUUGUCCUUGGGAACAGUGUCUGUUAUGCUGUUUGGAUACUAAAAUGUUACAGAAGUAGCUCUCUGCUGUCCCUUGCUCUGCCCUUAGUAGAAAUUCUGACUUGUCAAGUAAGGCUUUAUGCCCAGUGUCUUCAUGGGUGUAUUCUUAUCAGCUGGCCUUAUAUGGACAACUCUUCAGUUCCUCAUCUUGGUUUUUUGUCACCCAGGGUUAACUGAACUCUUAGUUUUAAAAUAACAUAGUGGUGAACUUCACCUUUUAGUACAGUUAACAGUGACUUGGGAUAACUGUUCAAGUUGAUCUUUUUUUUAAGCUGGAUACAGGAGAGUGGUCUGUGGUUUCAGGAAGCUCGUUCUAUCAUCUGCUUCCAUGGUCUGCUUAAAAAACUGG